AUUUAUUUUUCUUUUUAAAUUUUAAAAAACCAUCCUUAUUUUUCUUAUUACUAAACCCUAUUUCUCGUCCAGCCACUCUCUCCGUCCAUUGCUGCACCCUGCCCGCCGCCGCACUCCGCUCGCUGUUCCUGCCCGACGCCGUCUCAGCAGCUGCCGUCGGAUGCUGCGUUUCUAGCUGCCGCAGCCUCACCCUUUCGAAGAAGUGCCUGCUGCCCCCUUCCUCUGAGUUACUUAUAUCUGUUUUCAUUCUUCUUACAAGCACAGUAGUUCAGCCCCUUACCCGGGCCGCCGUCGCUCAUUUUUCAGAUCUCCAAGGGUGUUUCAAACAGGUGUUAAGACUGUUGAAAUAUUUUGUUUGGGAUAAGCUCUGCAUUAGAAUCAGGUACUAUGGCUGAUGUCGGGAAUGCAGUAGAAUUGGUGAGAGGUGCAAAGAGGAGGAAAAAGAUGGGUUCUAGGAACAAUAAAAGACCGAGGAUGAUGGGUGGAAGUGGAAACAAAGUUAAGGUUGAUAGGAAGAUGAAGAAACUCUUCCAAAAACGGGCGCGUGAGUAUAAUUCAGAGGAUGACGACAACGAUGAGAAGGCUCCGAUGGUUGAAAAUGAGAGAAAAGUUUUGGUGUGCAGUCAUGCGGAGGAGGUUGGGGAUGAAGAGUUUUCUGAGGGUGAAGAUGAAGGGAAGGAUGUGAAUGCAGAUGUCGAGCUGUCCGAAGAUGAUGAAAAUGGUGAAAUUCAACCAGGUAUAACGAAGUUUGCAGAAGGUUGUAGAGCCUUUCGAGCUGCAUUCAGGAGUAUUCUCAAGAAGAGCAUAUCUGAUGAAACUCUGGGUCCUAUAUUAUCAGCAAACAAGAAGCUUAUUGUUGAAAAGCUUGCAGAAGAGGAAGCUGAGCGGAAGGUUAAAGGAUUGGCCAAAAAAGAGAAACAACUGGUAGGUGAAAAAGGUCAUGUGAAACCUGCUACCUACCUGGAUUCUCAUGAAAAGUUUCUUAUUGGUGUUGCUACAAAAGGAGUUGUCAAGUUGUUUAACGCUGUCAACAAGGCACAACAUGCUCAGAAGGGUUUGAAUCCUUCAAGAACUAAAGAUGCUAAAGCUAUAAAUAAGCGCAGAAAAGAAGCUUUCUUUUCUGAGUUGGGCAAGCCAACUUUGUCAGCAACAAACAGUAAUGCAAAGUUAAACACAUCAGGUGGUGCAGCGGACGCUGAAGGCCCUGCCUGGGCUCCAUUACGUGAUAAUUAUAUGCUGACCAAUUCCAAGUUAAAAGACUGGGAUAAGAUGCCAGAUAAUAUGACGACGAUGGCCGAGGACAAUGGGAGGAUGUUGGAAGACAGUAGUUCAGAUGAAGAUGAUUGACUAGUCUAAAACUUCCAAGUGAAUUUUGCCUAGUUUGUUGUAGCUUUCAAGUUGCUUAUACUCACAAAGCUGGGUUCCAUUUUGGCUUGUUAGCAAAUUCACCAUGUAUGCCUCAGCUAUUCAAAAAGAAAGAAUUUCUUCCCUCUAUUUCUUUGUCCAAUUUUUAAAUCUGCCCUUUGGUGAGAUUCAACUGUAUAAAUGUCGCCCAUUUUGUAGGUUUUUUUCGAGCAAAUUGGUUUGAAAAUA